UUUGCUUUUCCUCAAUUCAAAAUUCUCAUGGUUUUCCACAAAUACAGUCAUCUGCAAACCACCGUCAACCAUUUAAUAAGUCAUAUGAUGGAAAUCUCAUGGAAUCCGACAAAGAGACAAAUGUCCUCCACAAUCGUUUAGAGCCAAAAAACCAAUCGCAGCUGGGUCUAAUAGGUCCAAUAAGCACAGCUUAUGAUGAUCCGAAUCCCAUGGACAUGAUGAUGCCCCCGUUCCAGCCAGCAAGCAUAACUUAUGACGAUCUGAAUCCUAUGGACAUGAUGAUGCCUCCUUUCCAGCCAGCAAGCACAGCUUAUGACGAUCUGAAUCCUAUAAACAUGAUGAUGCCUCCAUUCCAGCCAGCAAGCACAGCUUAUGACGAUCUGAAUCCUAUAGACAUGCUGAUGUCUCCAUUCCAGCCAGCAAGCACAGCUUAUGAUGAUCCGAAUUCCAUGGACAUGAUGCUGUCUCCAUUCCAGCCAAGAAACACAGCAUAUGAUAUUUGAACCCUGUGGACAUGAUGACAUUGUCACAACCUUAGGAUAUCUAGGGU